GUACUCUCUCACACACACUCGCAUUGUCACUCGAGGAGAGGAGAGAGAGAGAGAGCGGUAGGGUUUUAGAGAGAGCAUCAGAAUUCAGAGCUCGAAGAAAGAUGGUGGCUGACAAGGGCAAGAAGCUGAAGCUCUCAGAGAAACCCGAGGACGAGAACGCUGACCACAUCGAUGAGAAGCUCGUCCUCUCGAUCGAGAAGUUGCAGGAGGUCCAAGACGAGCUCGAAAAGAUCAAUGAGGAAGCAAGUGAUAAAGUCCUGGAAGUGGAGCAGAAGUAUAAUGAGGUACGCAGGCCAGUCUACGAUAAGCGAAAUGAUAUCAUCAAGUCCAUCCCUGACUUUUGGUUAACCGCUUUCUUGAGCCAUCCCGCGCUCAGUGAACUUUUGACUGAAGAGGAUCAAAAGAUUUUCAAGCAUCUAACUUCUCUGGAAGUCGAGGACUUCAAGGACGUGAAAUCUGGUUACGCCAUCACGUUUGUGUUCAGCCCCAAUCCUUAUUUUGAAGACACAAAGCUUACGAAGACCUUUACUUUUCUUGAUGAAGCAACAAAAGUUACUGCUACAUCCAUAAAAUGGAAAGAGGGAAUGGGCAUUCCUAAUGGAGUUAAUCAUGAUAAGAAAGGGAACAAGCGGCCUCAGGUUGAGGAAAGCUUUUUUAGCUGGUUCAGUGAUAGUCAGCACAAAGAUAUUUUGGAGGAUGAGAUUCAUGACGAGAUUGCGGAGGUUAUUAAGGAGGAUUUGUGGCCCAAUCCUCUUACUUAUUUCAACCAUGAGGCUGAUGAUGAUGAGGAAUUUGAUGAUGAGGAAGCUGAUGAAGAGGGAAAGAAUGAAGAGGACGACUCUGACGAUGAUGAGGAUGACCAAGAUGAUGAUGAAGAUGGUGAUGAGGAUGACGGAAAAUAAACAUUCAUCUGGGUCUUCAAAUCUUUUAGCAUUUGCUGCUUUGUUAACAGCUUGUGUAAAGUGAGUCUACAGUAGUUGAUACGUUAAGUCUUAAGGUUACAGGGGGUGACCAUCAUGACUCUUUCUUGACAGCGUUCUGUCAUGCAGGUGCCUGACUGCUCUCAUAGGCCAGUCUGGUUUUCCGGCUCUGCUGUUACUCUCUCUCCGUGGCGUUUCUCUGUUACGAUGGCUUGUGGCUUCUCCCUGAUAUGCAGGUCUCUAGAUGACAAUAUUAGAAUGGUCUUUUCCUUUUGUUUUUGAAUACCUCAGUGAGGAUAUAUUAUGGAGUUGGAAGUUCUUUGGCAUCAUUUUAUUAUUUAAUUCUAGUAGUAUUAAGUCA